CAUGGGGACCCAGGAUCCAGGGAACAUGGGAACCGGCGUCCCAGCCUCGGAGCAGAUAAGCUGUGCCAAAGAGGAUCCACAAGUUUAUUGCCCUGAAGAGACUGGCGGCACCAAGGAUGUGCAGGUUACAGACUGCAAGAGUCCCGAAGACAGCCGACCCCAAAAAGAGACGGGCUGCUGCAAUCCGGAGGACUCUGGGCAGCUGAUGGCUUCCUAUGAGGGUAAAGCUAUGGGCUACCAGGUGCCUCCCUUUGGCUGGCGCAUCUGUCUGGCUCAUGAGUUUACAGAGAAGAGGAAACCCUUUCAAGCUAACAACGUCUCCCUAAGCAACAUGAUAAAGCAUAUAGGCAUGGGCUUGAGGUACCUGCAGUGGUGGUACCGGAAGACCCAGGUGGAAAAGAAGACACCUUUCAUCGACAUGAUCAAUUCUGUACCCCUAAGACAGAUUUAUGGUUGUCCUUUGGGUGGCAUCGGGGGAGGCACUAUUACCCGUGGCUGGAGAGGCCAGUUCUGUCGUUGGCAGCUUAACCCUGGAAUGUAUCAGCACCGGACAGUCAUCGCUGACCAACCUAUCUGCCCUCUUAAGUUCACAGUGUGCCUGCGUCGGGAAGGGCAGACUGUGUACCAGCAAGUCCUGUCCCUGGAGCGCCCAAGUGUCCUCCGCAGCUGGAACUGGGGCCUGUGUGGGUACUUUGCUUUCUACCACGCCCUCUAUCCCCGAGCCUGGACUGUCUAUCAGCUUCCUGGCCAGAAUGUCACCCUCACCUGCCGUCAGAUCACACCCAUCUUGCCCCAUGAUUACCAGGACAGCAGCCUGCCUGUAGGAGUCUUUGUGUGGGACGUGGAAAAUGAAGGGGACGAAGCUCUAGAUGUGUCCAUCAUGUUCUCCAUGCGCAAUGGACUGGGGGGUGAUGAUGCCCCAGGGGGUUUGUGGAAUGAGCCCUUCUGUCUGGAGCGUGGCGGGGAAACUGUCCAGGGGCUGCUGCUGCAUCAUCCAACCCUUCCAAACCCCUACACGAUGGCUGUGGCUGCACGAGUCACGGCAGAUACCACGGUAACCCACAUCACAGCCUUUGACCCUGACAGCACGGGGCAGCAGGUGUGGCAGGAUCUACUUCAGGAUGGACAGCUGGACUCUCCCACUGGCCAAAGCACCCCUACGCAGAAAGGUGUAGGCAUUGCUGGAGCUGUGUGUGUUUCCAGCAAGUUGCAACCUCGAGGCCAGUGCCGCCUGGAGUUUUCACUGGCUUGGGACAUGCCCAGGAUCAUGUUUGGAGCUAAAGGCCAAGUCCACUACAGGCGGUAUACAAGGUUCUUUGGCCAGGAUGGAGAUGCAGCACCUACCCUCAGCCACUAUGCACUGUGCCAAUACCCAGAGUGGGAAGAGAGGAUCUCAGCUUGGCAGAGCCCGGUAUUGGAUGACAGAUCACUGCCUGCCUGGUACAAGUCUGCACUGUUCAAUGAACUAUACUUCCUGGCUGAUGGAGGCACAGUAUGGCUGGAAGUUCUUGAGGACUCCCUACCAGAGGAGCUGGGCAGAAACAUGUGUCACCUCCGCCCGACCCUACGGGAAUACGGUCGAUUUGGCUACCUUGAGGGCCAGGAGUACCGCAUGUACAACACAUAUGAUGUCCACUUUUAUGCUUCCUUUGCCCUCAUCAUGCUCUGGCCCAAACUUGAGCUCAGCCUACAGUAUGACAUGGCUCUGGCCACUCUCAGGGAGGACCUGACACGGCGACGGUACCUGAUGAGUGGGGUGAUGGCACCUGUGAAAAGGAGGAACGUCAUCCCCCAUGAUAUUGGGGACCCAGAUGAUGAACCAUGGCUCCGCGUCAAUGCAUAUUUAAUCCAUGAUACUGCUGACUGGAAGGACCUGAACCUGAAGUUUGUGCUGCAGGUUUAUCGGGACUAUUACCUGACGGGUGAUCAAAACUUCCUGAAGGACAUGUGGCCUGUGUGUCUAGCUGUGAUGGAGUCUGAAAUGAAGUUUGACAAGGACCAUGAUGGACUCAUUGAAAAUGGAGGCUAUGCAGACCAGACCUAUGAUGGAUGGGUGACCACAGGCCCCAGUGCUUACUGUGGAGGGCUGUGGCUGGCAGCUGUGGCUGUGAUGGUCCAGAUGGCUGCUCUGUGUGGGGCACAGGACAUCCAGGAUAAGUUUUCUUCCAUCCUCAGCCGGGGCCAAGAAGCCUAUGAGAGACUGCUGUGGAAUGGCCGCUAUUACAACUAUGACAGCAGCUCUCGGCCUCAGUCUCGUAGUGUUAUGUCUGACCAGUGUGCUGGACAGUGGUUCCUGAAGGCCUGUGGCCUAGGAGAAGGAGACACUGAGGUGUUUCCUACCCCACACGUGGUCCGUGCUCUCCAAACUAUCUUUGAGCUGAACGUCCAGGCCUUUGCAGGAGGGGCCAUGGGGGCUGUGAAUGGGAUGCAGCCCCAUGGUGUCCCUGAUAAAUCCAGUGUGCAGUCUGAUGAAGUCUGGGUGGGUGUGGUCUACGGGCUGGCAGCUACCAUGAUUCAAGAGGGCCUGACUUGGGAGGGCUUCCAGACAGCUGAAGGCUGCUACCGUACCGUGUGGGAGCGCCUGGGUCUGGCCUUCCAGACCCCAGAGGCAUACUGCCAGCAGCGAGUCUUCCGCUCACUGGCCUACAUGCGGCCACUGAGCAUCUGGGCCAUGCAGCUAGCCCUGCAACAGCAGCAGCACAAAAAGGCCUCCUGGCCAAAAGUCGAACAGGGCACAGGACUAAGGACAGGGCCUAUGUUUGGACCAAAGGAAGCCAUGGCAAACCUGAGCCCAGAGUGAGCCAUCUGAACUGUGGAAGGGAAGUGCUAACAGCCCAGCCUCCAGCCUGGCCUUUCCUCCUUCCCCUCUGAACCUCCUGCAGCCCUGAGCCAUCAGGACAAUCAUACCCCUUCCCUUCUCUCCACCCAAUUGUGCCAGUAAAUGGGGGUUGAGGGUGACCUAGGCAGCAUUAGAAUCACUUAUUUAUUUCUUUCCUCACCUGUUCCCUGACUGCAUGGAAUGUUCAGGGAGGUCAGUUGAUUUCCCCAGGUACAUUCAUGGCGUGACAGACACAUGGGUACAAAUAAAAGACCCAGAAAGCCA